CAGUCGCAAUAAUCGACUGUUUUUGAAACCGUCUCCCACAACGGCUUAUCAUUAGGGAUGUUUUCAAGUCGGCAAGUUUUCUUCGUAGUAUUUGCAUGAAAUCAUUCAUGAAGUUAACAAAUACCUACCUAAUGUAAAACCUUAAUAUUUUGACAUUUAUUGAUCGUAAAAUUAGAAAAACGCAGUAUUCCAAUUGCGCGGUGUUCAAAAGUUCCUCAUUUAGUGCACAGGUUUAGAAUCGGAAGUUAGUGGAGGGGAGAGGGGUUUACUGAGAUCUUCCUAAAAUUGAGGAAAACAAGUCAUACCUCUGCUCCCAGUUCGCAAUGUUCUCGUGAAAAAGUGCUGCGGCGCAUAGAAUUUCUGACGUCAGUGGUUCAAGUGCGAGAUUUGUGAGAACGAUUUACGCUCAUACAUUUUCACCAGAAUACCCGUUAUGAGGUACGAUACGAAUGAGUUUUGGUCUAUCAGCGUCCUUUAGUGGUAUCAUUUCGACAUGAAAAAUUGACCAUUAAUUUGGUCUGUUUUUCUGUAAAUUUGGUGAGAGGAGAUUGUAAAUCAACAAAGUAUCAAGCAAAAUGGUUGGAAUUGGCGAAUUUUCUCCAAAUAACCCAAAAUUGUACAAAGAUGGGAAACCCACUUUAGGUCUAGGCGAAUAUGAAGAAGCGAGGAAGAAGUUAUUGGAGCAGGAUCGUAAAGAAAAAAAAGCAGCAGACAAAAAGGCAAAGAAAAAAAGCAGAAAGGGGGAAACGCCGAAAAAGAAACAAAAAAUAAAAGAAACCGCACAAGUGCAAGCAGAAGCCGAGGGGGAUCCGAAUAAGAGUGAUGAUGACGAGUCUUCAAGCACACCCAGCUUAGACUCAUCAGAUGAAGCCCAUUCUGAUCAAAGAGACGCAAUGGAAGACUCUCCUAGUUCAUUUUCAAAUAAAAACCAACCCUUAACACUUCCGACCCACCCUGAGUUCUCACAGCUUGAUUCCGAAAUGGUGGAGGAGCUGAAGCGUUGGGAGCAGGAAAAGUACAAGGAGGAGCUGGACGAGCAAAUUCGAGAGAAGGAGAGGCUCCGACGGGAGGCUGAGGAGGCGGAGCAGCGCGAGGAGGAGGAGAGAGACAGGAUAUUUCGCGAACAAACCAGGAAACUCCAGGAAGAAUACGAGCGAGAACUCAACUCAAGGAGGUUCUUCGUCUGGCAGAGACGCAAACGCGCUGAGGUCCUAAAGAAGAGACUGGAACAACUAGAGCGAGAGGACGAGGAGCGGCGGCGGCUGAAGAGACUGGAGAGACAGCGCCGAGGCCGGAGGGCCGUUCUAUCCCAGGGGAACAUCUUCACCGACGACGCGACGUUCACGGACCGGCUCAAAGCGAGAUCCCUGUCGCCGUCGUUGCUCUCGUACCCCAUCCCGCGGAACCUGUACCCGCACAAGACGGACCCCCUGUACCACCGCUUCACGCCGCCGAUCACGCCCAAGCCCUGGCUCCGAGGCGGGCCGGACACCCUCAUCAUCGACGCCCCGCACGACCUCUCCGUCAAGCCCAAGGUGGGCAUCGCUCCUCUCCUCGUCGAUCCCAACGCCGUGCCCUUGCCCUUGCCCAAGGUGCAUCAUAGGUCUCGACGCUUGCAAGAACCCGACUCCGCCAAAUCUUACAAACUAGUGGGGGAAUCGAAUUCGCCGUAUGGAUUCCACAGGUCGAAAAGGAUUUUGACGCAGUUGGGUCAGUUUCGGAAGCAACUUCAGUUCGGAAAUAAGUUGAGAAAUUUCUGAAAACUAGUGAUUCACUAAGACUCUUUCAUAGUGAAUCAAGAAGCAAAAUCUGUUUAUUUUUUUCCUUUAAAUAAUUAAAUUCUUCAUAUUCAUGUUGAA